AUGGCGGAUUCUGAGCUUCAGUCAAAGAACAAGAUGGCGAGCAGCGAUACUGACGAGAUCACCGCCGCAAAUCAGCGCAACUCGCCCUUUCUUCGCCUUCCCGCCGAGAUCCGCAGGACGAUCUACACUUACAUCUGCAGCUCUAUGAUCAUCAAUCGCAUGGUUUAA